AUGGCAGGGCCGACCGCUGUCGCGAAUAACGCAGGCCCAGCUGCAAUCCCGCCCGUCAUGCAGGCUGCAGCCGAUGCUCGCGCCACCGGUGCUAAGCAACGAACUUCGAGAACUUCCAUUCCGACCCAAUCGGGGAAAUGGAUUCUAGGCAAGACUAUCGGUGCCGGUAGCAUGGGCAAGGUAAAACUCGCUCGCAAAGAAGACGGCACAGAACAGGUCGCUUGCAAGAUUAUUCCGCGAGGCUCUACCGAAGAUGGGCAUCACAGUCGAGCCGACAAAGAGAGGGCCGAUCAAUCGAAGGAAAUUCGAACGGCACGAGAAGCAGCAAUCGUUACCCUCUUACAGCAUCCCCACAUCUGCGGUAUGCGAGAUGUAGUCCGUACCAACUAUCAUUGGUACAUGCUCUUCGAAUACGUAAAUGGUGGUCAGAUGCUUGAUUACAUUAUCUCCCACGGGAAGUUGAAGGAGAAGCAAGCAAGGAAGUUCAGCCGACAGAUCGCAAGUGCUCUCGACUAUUGCCAUCGCAACAGCAUAGUGCACCGCGACCUGAAGAUCGAAAACAUCCUGAUCAGUAAGACUGGAGACAUCAAGAUUAUCGACUUUGGUCUCAGCAAUCUUUUUGCUCCGCGAGGUCACCUGAAGACGUUCUGCGGUUCUCUCUAUUUCGCAGCACCUGAACUCCUCCAGGCACGAGCUUAUACUGGUCCUGAGGUAGACGUAUGGAGCUUUGGUAUCGUUCUCUACGUCCUGGUUUGCGGCAAGGUCCCCUUCGACGACCAGAGCAUGCCUGCUCUGCAUGCUAAGAUUAAGAAAGGACUUGUGGAUUAUCCUAGUUGGUUAUCUAACGAGUGCCGACACCUUCUAUCCCGCAUGCUUGUCACCGAUCCAAGACAACGUGCUACGAUGCACGAAGUCAUGAAUCAUCCGUGGAUGAUUAAGGGGUAUGGCGGGCCGCCCGAGAACUACCUACCCGCUCGCGAACCGUUGUCACUACCUCUAGAAACAGAGGUCAUCAAUGCCAUGACUGGCUUCAACUUCGGUCCCCCUGAAGUAAUAAGGGUCCAGCUUACCAAAGUCAUUGAAUCGGACGACUACAAGCGUGCUGUAGCGCUGCUGCAGAAAGAGAAAGAAAUCCCACCUGUCCCCAAAGAUGUGGAGAAGAAGCGAGGAUUCGGGUUCGACUUCUACAAGCGACGCAAUUCCGGAAGUAGUCGUGACAACCUGUCGACCCCAAGCACAGAUGCUCUACAGAUUGGCGUCGAUCCGCUCAACGCCUUUAGCCCGCUUAUCUCUAUCUAUUACCUUGUGAAGGAGAAGCAAGAUCGAGACAAGGUUGACGCGGUGCCCAAGUCGCAUACGCCAAAGAACGUUGCCGACUCCCCGAUGCCAGAAAUAGCACCACCUCCUGAGGCGCACACGAAUACUGCAACUUAUGAGAUGACUGGGGAGAAGGCGACUGGAGGACGGUCACGGCCUCGUGCCAGAACCCAUGGAGAAGACGAUGCCCCGGAGGACGUCAAAAAGGCCCAUGCAACGCCCAACAUCCCCCCUCCUCCGGAGACACCCAUGGAUCUACCGCUUAAGAAGGAAAGCACAGCUGCAGGUAUCCUUAGGCGAUUCAGCACUAGACGUCGAAGAGAACCAGAGAGGCUCGAUAAGGAUCGUUCUCAUCCUCCUGUUGUCCACGUUCACUCACCUGCCGAAAACCCGACGGCACCACGUAAGAGCUUUAGCAUACGGAGGUCGAGACGUGAGCGAGAUGAUGAUAACGUACCGACAAGAUUGCGCUCAGGAAGCAGUCAACCGCAGCAUCGGGACCUACUCAGUCCACCCCUAUCUGCCGGUGGUAACUUGUCUGGAAGCAACAAGGGCUUAGGGCGCUCGACCAGCGUAAGUUCAGCGGAAUUUCGUAGGCGGCCUUUUGGGUCUGCCAACCGAAUCGCUAAAGAGCCGCCGCCAACCAGCGGCUCAGAUCAGUCUGCAGCUACCGAUAAAAUCCCACCGGAGCCUAAGAGUGCGCUGAACCCUCGUGCUACUUCCAUGAGAGCAAGGCCGCUUGGGCACGCUCGUAGAGAGAGCAUCCAAGCGCGAAGAUUGCGCAGAGAGGGUGCUCGUGCUGCUGAUGUUCCCGAAGAGACAGACCAGGAACUUGGUGAAGGGAGUGGAAACUCGGCAGAGCGCUUGGAUGAUUCCGAGCUGGCCAAGCCGGUCUUCCUAAAGGGCCUGUUUAGCGUUUCCACCACCUCGACAAAGUCGGUACCUGCUAUUCGUGCAGACGUUAGGAGGGUGCUGAAGGACCUUGGUGUUGACUACACGGAGAUCCGUGGGGGCUUCUCCUGCCGCCAUAUGCCUAGCAUUGAUCUCAAAAAGGCUGCAGAUGCGCCAGGCAGCCCCGUCCCAACUCCCGGUCAUCGACGUAGGUUUAGUUUUGGCAUUCGAACGGAACGCGAUCGUGAGGAGAUCCGAGAGAUGGAUCGAGCACCCCCCACACCACGGACGCCCGGAAGACACGCUGAUCGAAGCGACUCGGCAUCAGAACUCUCUGACCCCGAGAGCAUUCAGCGAGACGCAACCAGUUCGUCCAGACGAGUACCGGGUGAGACGACCACUCAUGUCCAGAGCGAUUUGGGUGGCAACAUGGUCCUGGAAUUUGAGAUAUUUAUCGUCAAAGUUCCUCUUCUCUCGUUGCAUGGGAUUCAGUUCAAGCGCAUGGAGGGCAACACGUGGCAAUACAAGAAUAUGGCGGAUCACAUUCUGAAAGAAUUGCGACUGUGA